ACUCACCACAUAGCAGCCAGCAGCAGCAACGAAGAGCAUUAUUAUAGUGAUAUUUGGAGAGACAUAGUCGUCUCGGACGUAAGAUUAGUUUCAUCUGGUGUGACCAGGCCGGACAGAUAUGAGGUUUUUCUGAAUAACUCAAACCGCUACCGACCGUAUGGCUGCCCACAUCAGCGCCGAACCCGUGCAGGCCGCAAUUUGGCAAUGCCUGAAUAAUCACCGGUUGGACGACGCCGUUUUCCUGUCGGAGCGCUUGCAUGCCGAACUUAAAUCAGAUGAAUCUCUGUAUCUCCUCGGCACCUCCUACUAUCGCGCCGGGAAAUUCAAAGCAGUGAAGCUCAUUCUGAAUGAGUCUACUCACCCCCAAUGUCGAUACCUGUUGGCAAAGUGUUGUGUUGAUUUGAAUGAUUUGGUCAAGGCAGAAGCUGCGCUCACGGGCAACGUACCGUUCGUCCAGGGUCAGAAUAUUGUCGAAGGCAUUUGCAAGGCUUUCGGAGACAAUGCAUCUUUCGCCUUGAACCUUCUGGGUGAAAUCUACAAGAACACGCGACGACCCGAAAGAGCAAUCGAAGCUUAUCAACAAAGUCUACGUCUGAACCCUUGUUUGUGGUCGUCGUUCGAAGCUCUGGUUCUCCUGGGGCAGAGACCCGAACCCUCACGGGUUUUUGCCGUCGCCAAUAAGGACGUAGUUCUACAUAAUCUAGUCUCGACGCCCGUGGCUCCAGCCGCAGUCCAGCAGAAUGUUUUGCACUGCAAGGACAACAACAAGAAGGACGACUCUGCUGAGCUCAAUGCCACUGUGAUAACUGGACAGGACCUCAGCGGUAUCAAGGAACUGACGCCCGAUCCGUCCGGUACAUCUGGGAGUUAUGGUCUGUUCAUAACUCCGCAGACACCCCUUCUCCACAUCGCUGCACCGACUCCGAUAAGAGCGGCUAGAAUUCGAAUCGACUCGGGAGCUCACCAGAUCACCGCGUCGACUCCCAUGUUUGGAUGUAUGCAACCCGUGUCACAACAGCUGUUCACGAGUCCUGAGAGUAUGGGUCCACCUUCUACUCCUUUCGGGGUCACCUGCGACCGCGCGGCAGUGACCCAGUCACCGGACACGGUGGAGAUGGCUCCUUUGAAAAGGACCAAGAAGAUCAACCAGCUCUUCGGACAGAGCACAAGUCACUCCCAAGCAACCAAUAAUUCGUCUCCUUCCAGCUCGAACGCGAAUCCCCUCACUCCUCGCAGAUCGACUCGUUUGUAUACAUCGAACUCGAUCAAAGAGAAUUCCUCGAAAGCUUCACCGCGAAGCAGCAGGAUACUCUCGUCUUCUAACAGGACGCCGAGUAAGAAGAAACCGUCGCCGGAGAAAGGUCCACGAUCUCCGUCGGAGCUCGUCGAUGAGCUGAACAAGGUCAACGACGCUUUCAGCAUGCAGAUGAGCGUCGCCCAGAUGCAGCGAAGUUCACUCAACGGUCUGAUGCAGCUUCUGCAGUGUGUCGCGAAAGCUCUCAUUCAGUUGAGCGACUUCAAGUGCCGGCAGGCCGUUCAGACUCUGAUGAGUUUACCACCUCAACAGUUCGAGACGGGUUAUGUUCUGUCCCUACUCGGGCAGUCGUACUUUGAACUCCGUGAUUAUGAGAGAUGCAACGAGACGUUCGAGCACAUGAUGAAAUUGUAUCCAUAUUUUCUCACGGGACUGGAGUAUUAUUCGAGCUCUCUGUGGCACAAAAUGCAGGAGAAGAAGCUCAGCUACCUCGCACAGACACUCGUCGAACUAGAACCCAAUGCCCCUCAAACCCUUUGUGCGCUCGGGAAUUGCUUCUCGAGGCAGAAAUUGCACAACUCGGCCGUCGAAUGCUUGGAGAAAGCGUGCAAGAUGCAUCCACGGUUCCAGUAUGCUUUCACGUUGCUUGGUCACGAGUUCGCGAACAACGAGGAACUCGAAAAAGCAAUGCAGGUCUAUAGGAAAGCCAUCGCCGUUAACUCGAAUUCAUAUCUCGUUUGGGGAGGUCUGGCCAGCGUCUACAUGAAGCAGGAACAAUAUUCUCUGAGUGAAUCGCACUGGAAGAAGGCCAUAUCCUACAACCCGGAAAACCCGACGUUGCUCGUUCAUUUAGGAGUGGCCCUCCAUCAGCAGAGUAAAACGUCCGAGGCGAUUAGGAUGCUAAGCAAAGCCAUACAUUUGGAGCCCAAGUUCGCUCUUGCCAAAUUCCACAGAGCAACCGCCUAUCUCGCCAUGGACAGAUGUCAGGAAGCCUUGUGCGACUUGAACGAGCUUCGGACAAUAGCUCCCCACGAAUCAAUGGUCUAUUAUCUAUUGGGGAAAGUUUAUAAGAAACUGGGCAAAGAACACCUCGCCCUGAUGAACUUGUCCCGAGCGACAGACAUGGACCCGAGAGGCGCCUAUACACAAAUCAAGGAAAGCCUCGACCCUGUUCGCGAGAGCGAUUCGGAAGAGAGAUCGACUCCUCAAUCGCCGGGGUUACUGCCAGAAGUCCCGAACACCCCGCACCAUCAUCACCAUAGGAGCACCAGAGAUCUCGCUCGGGAAUUCGAGUUUUCGAUAGGCGAUCCGAUCAUUGCACGUGAAUCUGAACUCACAAUGGAGAGUGAUGACAGUUUCUAGAACGGGGUCUGACUCCUCCUUUUUUAAUAGUGAACGCGUGUAAAUACCUGAGUUCGUAAGCCAAAGGUGGUGUUUUUAAAUUCUGGCAGCGAGCGUCGAAGAUCACGAGUCCCCUAUUGAUGGAUUAGGAAAUUGAAGUUCGCGGUACGGCUGAAAAAAUUCCGAGCUUGGCUCAUCCUGGUCGAAUGAUGGUCUUAACUCGUGAGAAUGAACUGGAGCACGAACGGGGACAGAACCGUUCAGAGAAAUGAUUCGUCUGUGUGUGCCGCUGCUGUUUAUGCAGCGUCGUUUAGUCCUGAUAUUUGAUAUCGCAAUUUUUUCUCGGAAAUUUCC